AUGGGUAUCCACGAGGUGGUUCACGACUGGGUGACAACCGAAUUCGAGGUUACCACUGUGCUGAGUGGAUUUUUUACCGGCGAAGAACUUGAGAGUUUCAUUGUUUUCCCAUCAAAGGCUUUGGGAGGUGUGGAAAGUGAUAACAAUAGCGAAAUCGGCGACGGACUGGAUAUAAUGGAAUUUAGGAGUGGAGAGUCGGCAAAUCCGAGAAAGAGACCGCAUCCCACGGAAGACGAGAAUAUCAACGAUGGCGGGAUGGUUACUGCUGCGGAAGGCUUCUUCGAAGCACUUUCGGAGGCUGGUGUCACCCAUUGUUUUGUCAAUCUAGGAAGCGACCAUCCGGCCAUGUUGGAAGCGAUGAUCAAGGCAAAGCAAGAAAAUCUGUCCAAAUUCCCGACAAUCAUCACCUGUCCUUCUGAAUUGGUUGCCUUGUCAGCAGCUCUGGGGUAUGCCCAGGUCACGGGGAUUCCGCAAUGUGUCAUUGUGCAUGUGGACUGUGGUACUCUCGCCAUGGGACAAUCUAUUCAUAACGCUUCAGUGGGCAGAGUGCCAGUUUUAUGUUUUGCUGGACUCAGCCCCUUCACCCAGAACGGUGAACUUCUCGGCUCAAGGACAGAAUUCAUUCAUUGGCUGCAAGAUGUACCCGACCAGGCGGCAAUUGUUCGGCAGUACUGCAGAUACUCGGGUGAGAUCAAGACUGGUCGGAACAUCAAAGAGAUGGUCUAUAGAGCGUUGCACUUUGCAAUGUCAGACUCCAAGGGACCGGUAUAUCUUACGGCAGCAAGGGAGGUGCUCGAAGAACACGUAGACAGGCGAUUUCUUGGGGAGGAGACACUCAGUCCAAUUGCUCCCAGCGCAUUACCCGAAUCAGAGGUUGAAUUUAUUGCAACUGCGCUCAUAAAUGCAAAGAAACCACUUGUUAUCACAGGAUAUCUUGGUCGUAAUCCGCAAGCGCCGCCCUUGUUAGCAGAGCUAUGCGACAGGCUACCCAUCAAUGUCCUUGAGUCAGUGGGGUCCGACAUGAGCAUGCGUACCGAUCACGAGGCCUAUCUCGGCGUUACCAUCACCACACACCCAGCAGUGUGCGAGGCAGAUGUAAUCUUGAUACUGGACUGUGAUGUGCCUUGGAUCCCUACUGCUGGAAGGCCACGAAAGGGUAAGAGACUCGCACCCAAGCCAGGUAUACUACUUAUUGACUGCCUAGGCACAACGGUCUUUCACCUUGAUGUCGAUCCACUUAAGCAACAAAUGCCACUCUUCUCGAUUAACGCAACUCGCAGGCUAAAAGUUAGCUGUGAGAUUGCACUCCGGCAAUUGAAUGCCUUUAUUGAUAAGCAAGACAUUGACAGGACAAGCUACGCUAUGGCAUUUGAGGCACGCGCGAAUCGCUAUCUGCGCUGGAGACAGGAUCUACGAGCCCGGGAGUCUCCAUCGCAGGACGGUGCGAUCCGUGUCCCAUACCUCGCCUCCAGACUGCGACACCACCUUCCAGAUGAUGCUGUUUACCUUGUUGAAGCCGUUAGCAAUGCAGGCCUCAUUAUUCAGCAUCUUAACUUGACAAAGCCAGGAACGCUCGUCGGAAGCGGCGCCGGUGGUCUCGGAUGGGGAGGCGGAGCGGCACUAGGUGUGAAGCUGGCCAAGCCCGGCGCAUUCGUCUGUGCGAUCGUCGGGGAUGGCACAUUCCUCUUCUCGCAAAUGGAGAGUGUCUAUUGGAUUGCUAGG